UUCAGAUUUCCACCAUGAUGGAUCACUCUAUGGUCUUGUUGAACGCUCAAGUCCAAUUUCUGGAAACAAAAUUGGCGAUCGUGCACAUCCCAUUACACUUAUAUUGCCACUUCAUACAACCUAUAUUGCGUCUCCUGACCCUCACGGAAAGUACAGAUGAGGUAGAUGAGGUGGAUGGACUGCCUCGUAGGAAAUGGGCAUACCCAAAUGCCUUUACCAAUAUCUCGGUCACCACGAUAGAGUGCUCGGUAGUCUGUCCGCGUCCCCUCGUCGACGAGCUCUUCGUACCUUUGAUCGAAAGGCUGGAUGCGAAAGCGAAACAAGCUGUUAUCAUCAGCAACGACGACUUUGUUGUGAUACAAGUCGGAGGUGAAGGUAUGGAGGCUGGACAACGAGUGUUGGAUUUGACUGCGCCACUUGCGCUCGCGGGAAUCGACUUCGUGCUUGUCCCGUUCAAUGCAAAAUCGACGGUCAUUUCGGCCUUGGAAGAGCGUGGCUUCGCUUUUGAACCUGUCUCCAAUGGCCAUGGCGCAAACAUGACCAACGUCUCUUCGCCACUCCAUUCCCACGUCCGCAACAGCAGCAGCUCUUCCUCCCUGGAUCUGGUGCCUCCAGGCACACCUCCACCAGCCACAGUCGCCGAAUGGCAAACCAAAACAUUUUCCACCCUCCACCGCAACGACAUCCUCCCUCUAGUCAACGAAAGCCUAGAGCUACGCUCCUGUGCCGGCUAUCGCAGCGACAGCGCAGACAUCCACGACGCAAUCCAACUAGGCAUCCUCAAAUGCCUACUUUCGAACCCACGCUUCAUGUCCAUCACCCUCACCCAAACCGACACCGUCUCCCUAACCCUAGACCAAGAACUGUUAUCCCAAUUCCCCUCUUCUGGCGAAGGCAUACUGCUUCAAAACGAUCAGACCUAUUUCGCUAUCGUGUUCGACUUGCGCAAAUUGCCUGAAGAAAGUACGGGUAUCAUUUGUGGUGUUGCGGGGAGGUUGUUGGAGAGACUUGGGGAUGGUGGACAGGGAGAGGGGGCGUUCAAUAUGAGUUAUUUGUCUACGGCUAGGACGGGUAAUGUUAUUGUACGAGAAGACGAGGUUGGCGAGGCAUUAGAAGCACUUCUGGAAGAGGAGGCUAUGAGUGUCGAGAGUCUUGAUGGCAUGACCAAUGGUCAU